AUGGCAGACCAAGGAUUUCCGCUACUCGCUUCAUACAGCGCCAGCAAGCAAUUUCUGAUGAACCUGACGCGGGCGGUACGGCUCGAGAUGGCUCUCGAAAAGAGCUCGCAAGUUGAGGUGCUUGGCGUCAAGAUAGGUAGAGUCACUGGCGUGGUGGCUUUAAAGGAAACGCCCUCGUUCUUUGUGCCGGAUGCUCAAACGGCCGCCCGUGCCAUCCUGGGCCGCGUCGGCUACGGCCACGGUAUGGUUAUCGGGUAUUGGGUGCACGCUUUACAACAUAUUGGAGCUAGCAUUUUACCAACGUGGGCAGAAGACAGGGUUAUUUCAGCCGUGAUGCAAAAGGAAAGGGAGAGCAACUUGAAAACGACGUGA